CAAGACAAAGGAGGGUGCUUCCCCGGGCGCGCAUGCGGAGUGAGGUCACUGGGACGCGGUCGGCCGUUGGACGGGAACAGCGGCGCGCUAUUUGAAAACAAGGGAGUCGUUGGCGAGCGGUGCGCGGGGUCGGAUUACUGUCAGGCUAGUGCUGUCUUCGCUUGGGACUCUCACCACAGGGAUAAGACUCUUAAAAGAAAUGGCGACAGGACUAAUUUCCCCAAAUGUACUGUCUGAUGAUGAUGAGGUCGGUGUUUGGGAAUCGACUGCUGUUGAUACAUUGAAUGGGGCCGUUGUGAAAAAGCAAUUGUUGCCAGAACUCUCUGUCAUCUCACCAGGAACCACCACACCAAAUUGUGGUGAUGCAGGGGAAGCCCCUGUAGAGAUGGUUCCAGAAGAUAGAGUGAAGGUUUACCUCCGGGUUAGACCAUUCACGGAGUCUGAGCUCGAGAAAGGAGAAUCGCAGGAUUGUGUUCUCAUAGAGGAUUCUGAAACACUUUUACUGCGAGCUCCCAAGGACUCAUUUGCCAUGCGGAGCUCAGAGCGUGGAAUUGGCCAGGCUGUACAUAAAUUCACCUUCUCUCAGAUAUUUCGCCCUGAGACAAACCAGAAAAUAGUCUUUGAUGUUGUCAUGAAGAACUUGGUAAAGGAAGCACUGGAGGGGCGGAAUUGUUUGGUUUAUACCUAUGGUGUAACAAACUCUGGCAAAACCUACACCAUUCAAGGCAGCAGGCGUGACAAUGGCAUUCUCCCUCGAUCGCUGGCCAUGAUAUUCAACAGCAUCCAGGGAAAACUAUAUCCCAGGAUGGACCUGAAGCCUAACCUCUGUGAUGAUGUCAUUAAGCUGGAUAACAAGAUGGUGAGACAAGAAGAGCUGAAGAAGCUUUCGUUACUUGGUGCCAGAGAGGAUCUGCAAACUCCAAUGAAGAAGAACUUGAGCACAGAGUUUACACUGAGGGCAGCUAUCAGCUGUGAUUCUGAUAGUGGUAUUGGAGGCAUGUCCCCUGUCAGUAAUAUGGAAGAGUCUGCAUCUCGCUGGGCUGAUUGUGAUACAGUUAUUCCACGUCAGGAACAGAAUGUACACUACUCCAUUUGGGUCUCUCUCUUUGAGAUUUACAAUGAACUCACGUAUGAUUUGCUGGACACAAGUUCCACUGCAAAUGGCAAACGACAGACCUUAAAGCUGUGUGAGGAUAAGAAUGGAAGUAGCUAUGUAAAAGACCUCACCUGGAUCAAUGUGAUGGACGCUGAAGAAGCUUGGAAAAUACUUAAAAUUGGUCGUAAAAACCAAAGCAUGGCCAGCACUCACAUAAACCAAAACUCCAGCAGGAGCCACAGUAUCUUCUCUAUUCGGAUCCUGCAUGUGUCUGAAGAUUGGAAGGCUGUUGUUAAAACCAGCGAAUUGAUUUUGUGUGACCUGGCAGGUUCAGAACGCUGCAAAGAACAGAAGUGUGGUGACAGGAUGAAGGAGGCAACUAAUAUCAACACUUCUUUGCACACACUAGGCAGGUGCAUCCGUGCCCUGCGCCAGAACCAGCAUAACAAGUCAAAGCCUAAUAUGGUGCCUUUCAGGGAUAGUAAAUUGACUCGUGUGUUCCAGGGAUUUUUUUCUAACCACGGGAUGUCUUGUAUGAUUGUGAACAUUAACCAGUGUGCAUCCAUGUAUGAUGAAACAUUGCAGGUUAUGAAAUUCUCUGCUAUUGCCAGCCAGCUUUUACAAGCACCUUCGUCCAAGCUGUUUCCUUCCUUCCGUGCACUACUGCGUGAACAUGAUGGCUGGAAUAACUGCAAUGCUCAAGCCCCUCUUGAAGAACAGGACGAAUUAGAUGAUGAGGAUGAUGGUGAAGAUGAGAUGGAUAUCAGUACACUGGAUAAGGAGUCAUUGCAGAAAAUUAUUGAGAGCCUGCAGCAACACCUGAUUAAGGAGAAGCAGGACAAACUAAUAAUGGAAAGUGAGAUCAGACAAAGUGUUGUCAGUGAGAUGAUGGAGCAAUACAACACCAUGGAAAGACACUGGAGAGAGCAGUUUGAGGAACAAAAGGAUCGUUUAGAAGAUGCCUUUGAGGCAAAGAUGAAAAACUACCAAGAAUAUGUUAAAAUCUAUUAUCAGCUGUCCUCCUCUGAAGAGGAGGAUUGUGAUGAUUCUGGUGAUGAAAUCAGUGAGGGUAAAGGAAUGUCACAGAAAAUUAGAGAACUAGAAGCGACUAUACACCAGUUGAAGGCAGAGAGAAAGACUUCUAGCCAGUCGACAAGGCAGUCUGCUCGCUUGGCCAAUACAAAACUCAGCGAUGAACUGCACAAUCUGAAACUGGAACUGGCAAAUGUAAAAACUGAGCUGGAACAAAGUAAAGCAGAGGCAGCUUUCAGUGCAGAAGAAUUGAAGCGAUACAAGGAAAUGAUAGAGCUUCCAGCUGGAAUGAAACAUCUCACAGUUGAUGCAGACCGGAAGAUAGAAGCAGGACAGAGAAAUGCAAAGUCGCUGCAGAAUGAGCUGCAGAAAAUAGGCGAGGCUUUGCAGGUAUCAGAAAGAGCAUGUUGUCAUAACACUGCGGCUGAAAACCUACGGCGUACUCUAGCUAAAUGUGAAGACCUAAUAGUAAAACAGGAUCAAACUCUGGCAGAUCUGCAGAAGCUGCUUAUUAUGGUAAAGUUGGAUCUGAAGAAAAAAAACACAUGCAUCGCAGAGCAGUACCACACAGUCCGCCAGCUUCAGGCAGGUCCAGGCUGCAAUAAACGGCGCUGUGCUGGCAAUAUUGAAAAUCAACCACCUCCAUGGAAAAAGCCGUUUCUAACUAGUCUCUUGACCCCAUCAAGGCUUGCCCAACAUCAGGGAACUAACACUCCCUCCAGUUAUGUUUUGCGAUCUCGGGCCAGAAUGGAUAAGGCAUUAUACCUCUCGAGCACAAAAUAUCAAUGAGCUAUUAAGGAAGUCUUUUCUCGGUCUUGUAGAUAAUGCUACUUAAAAGCUUUUGGAAAUUAGGUCCAAUUUUAAAAAAAAUUAUAUGGUGAUGACUUCAGUAAUGGUGUUUUGCUAUUUUUAUAAUCCUUUUAAUUCCUCAAUUCUUUGCAAAGAUUUGAAUGAAAUUAGGGACAGUAUGUUGGGAGAUUUGUGCCAGUAGUUAUAAUGUGCUUACUUUAAGUAUUUUGCAUAUUAUGCUGCUCCGAAUUCAGUUUUAAAGCUUUUUUUUUUGGUUGUCUGGCCAGUAUUUGUUUAGAUAUGGUUUGGAGUUCUGCUCCACAAGUCAACGAACAAGGAAUUCAAAACUAAAUAUUAUCUUAAUGUUAGAUUUUUACAGGAAUAGUGUGGGUAGAGAUUAUCUUCAAAUAUACUGACAGAUUAAGAUUACCCUUUUAAGUAUUAAGAUUUAAAAUUUCUUUUCUGUUGACUGGACAUGUUUUCGUAUAGACCGAGGGUUUUGAAUAGGUAAAAUUUUGGCUCUUGUAUUAUGUUGUAUUUGCUAUGCAUGGGAAGAAGUAAGCUAGUUAGCCAUUAACUGUCUGUCUCUUUAAGCUUGUAUAUAGCUUCUGUGAGUAAGACGAACCAAGUUUUCAAGUAAGCCAUAUAUUUAUCUGUGGUGUGCUUCCCUUGUAUUCCAAAGAUACUUUCAUUUGAGGUGAAAGUAGUUUUGCACCAGAAUGUAAAUUUGUGUGCCUUUUGAGCUUUCAUGUUCCUUACCUGGCAGUUUGAAUUGUUCUGUUGGUGUCUUUGAAUGUAUUUUGGAAUGUGAGUAAUGUGUAUAUGGUUUGAUGGUUAAACACUAUCAGUGUUCACAAUGUAUCAGCAGUUUUUAAUACAGAAAUGUUACAAUACUAGCUUUGAAUUCAGUAAAUAUUGUUGAACACUUUUUUUUUUCUGAUGAAGAUCAAAUGAGUUUUAACUACCAGAACUUGUAAGAUAGUACUGUACUGCUAUUCCGAUAGUGUCGUUCAGCUAGGAAUGUUUUCCCCAGGUUUGGUUUUUAGGCAGCCCCCUCAACCAAAUCAUACUUAGUAAGAAGCCCAAGUUUAUUAUGCUUGACAUAGCAAAAAACUAAUAACUAAAUUUAAAUACUUCAUCCUUGUUACAUCAUCGACAGGACCCAUUGCUGCAUGGCAUUAGUAAUUAGCAUCUUCCAAGACAACAAGCAUGCUUGUCAAAUGCCAAAGAUACAACACUUGUACUCUGACAGUAUUGUAUUGCUGUAACUUCAAUUCUUUUUAAAUUGGUGUCUACUCUUGCUGUGAAAUGAGGGAAAUUAAAAUUUGAAUUUCAACUAUGAAAAAUUUUUCAAAUUAAGUUUUCAUUCCAAAAAACGUUUAACAUGGUGCUAGAGUAUUGCUACAAUCAGAGUCCUGAGGUUGGUGAUAUCCAGUAUCCAGAGUUGCUGCUGGUGUGUGGAGAGAUUGCAGCAUUCUGCAAUGCAGGAGGAGUUCGGUGUCCAGGUAUGUGAAUGUCAAUUGACAUUCAUACGGAACAUUGCAAGGGGGAAGGGAAUAUAAAUCAGCAAAGUUUUCCUGCAACUGUAAAAGGGCUUUAGUGAAACCAUAUCAGGAGAGCAACAUUCCCGUUAAGCUGCAUGGUUCGCAACACUGACAUCUGAUCAGACAUUUUGCCUAGAUGUAUGUAGCUCCAGUCAUUUGCUUAAGGAUUUGAGUAUUAGCUGAGAAAUUUGGAUGGGGAAAAAGUUUUGUAUUUAGGCCAGCUGCAACAAAACUGUAGGAAAUGACAUCUUUGAAGAAUAUUCUACAGUUUAAUAUUUACAGACGAUGCAGUAAACUUUAACAGAAUCUCUUUCCAUGAAAUACAAAAACCAACUAGUAGCAUUGAUAGCCUCAAUAAUUGAGCAUAUAUACCAGAGCCAGUAGUGGGUGACGUUGGUUUCUGAAGCAGCACUGACAUAUUCAUGGUGUAAUGGAAGACAAAUUGAGAGGCGGCAGUUUUGCAGAGGGGGUGUUCACUCCAGGGACAAAUGUCCGUGAUAUGUCAGCACCCAUGGGUGUUGGUGUCACAUCACCUUGACUGCGAAGCUGUGAAAUUUGUCUCAGGAGAGCUUUCCCUUCUUCUCUAGUCUGGAACAAGUAUUUUGAAAUUAAAAUUGGUGAAAAUAUUAUUAACUUUGAAGGCAGCUAAUGUGCAAAAUGAUAGAACAAACUUGCAUUCUAAUCAACCUUUUAAACCCCUUUUUAUACUAUAGUAAUUUAGUUGUUCUUAUCUACAUUACAACAUGCAAAGAUCUUCUGUUUUAGGUGUUGAAUGAAGGAAAACUACAGCCUUCCCAGCAAAUUCUUUGGGAAAAGUAGACAAACGGGUAUAGGGUACUUUGCACUUGUGUCAGCAUGUUCUUCAGCUUGCUCCUGUUUGUAGACGGUUUGUUACCGUAACAAAGCUGAUACAACAGCAUAUCUUCACGUAGUCCACCAGUCGUCUGUGUCUCUGGCUCCCAUUCUGCUUUUUGGGAUGAAGCGGAGGUGGUCAGAUCUAGUGCAGACUGGAACAUGUGCUUUGGAUUUAAGAGCUUGUUCCAUAUUCUCGUGAGUUUCCUCACCUCAAGAUUUGAAUUAUGGAAUGGUAAUGAGGAUUACUAAUGGGAGCGUGGACUCUGAGUAAAAGCAAAAGGGGUUAUUUUUGGGGAAAUAAAUUAUGAACAUCAGCAAAAUACAGUCUCAUUCUUGUAUACUUGCAGCAAGACUGAAAAUAAACAGAACUGCUAUGUUACAUUCCACUGUCAAUUAAAGAAUCUGAAAACAAAAACACUGCAAGUGGUCAUUUCAAAGAAGCUCAUGCUAUGAUUAAGACUUACAUCAUUGUAAUCACAGCACUUCUGUGCACAAACUGAUGCCUCAUCCCAUCGUUUACACUUGAAAUAAUACUGUGCCAGAGCUCUAAAUGCAGUGCUCAUUUCGUGAUGCUCCAGAAUCUCCUAAAAUGUGAACAAUAAUUAAUUAGUUCAGGGAGAGAUGCAGAAAAACACAUGUAUUUGGAAAACUCUUUGCAGUUCUUUAGGGAUACAAUGCAAAAAAGUAUAUGCAACCUGGGGAGUAAGUGAAAAGACUGUGUACAAUAUUUGCUGUGUCUGUAAUUUCAUUUAGCUGGGAAUUUUGUUUUCCCCCAGUUUGGAUUUUGCUUUAAACAGUGAUUCCUCCAAACUCUGAA